GAAUUACACGCGCACAAAAGAGCAUCUGCGGAUUCCAGAGCUGUGGGAGCUGAAAAUUGUAUGAUCCAAGCCUGACCGUGUACCUCAAAGGUUUGUCACAGCUGUUCUUUAGUCAUGGCCACCCUGAGCAUGAAGCCAGGCCUCCGCUGCAGAGUGCCUGACUGGGAGAACAGCAAUGAACAGAUCUCCGAGGCCGCACAGCACAGACGACACAUUUCACACAAGAUACGGCAAGAGGGGCGGGCACUGCGAAAUGAGACGGUCAAUAAGACGGGCUGGGAUGAGUAUGACAGCAGUCGUCGGCUAAGCGACAGGAUCAAUGACAUCGCACGUUGGAAGAAGAGCCUGGAGGCCUGCGCACAAGAAGUGGAUGCAGAAAUAGACGCUCUCACAGUAGCAAAGGAAGAGACCGAGCGAGCCCUUGCAGCCACAGUGCUGCCCCUAGAGGUCUCUGCUGAGUGCCUGACCUUGAGAGAGGGUCGCCGGGGUAACGAGCUGGUUAGUGACCCAGUGGAAGCACAGCUGAAAAAGGAAGUGGACGUGAUUGAUGGCGCACAGCGGGUCCUGCAGCAGUGUAUUGACCAAGCCUUCGAACAGCUGUGUUUGCUGCAGGAAGCCCAUCACCAACUGAUCCUUGACCUCCAGCACAAGAUGGAGGCUUUGGAUGUAGACAUGUCCUGCCUGUCCCUCACUGUGACAUCACCUGAAAUCUCACUGAAGCCCAAUCCUACUAGAGUUCCUCCAGGUUCCACAACCCCCCAGCAGUGGGAGCAGUUCAGCCACUACAAUGUAACCAGAGCCAAAGAAGAGAUGCAAGCUUCUCUACAGCUUAGAGAGAAUAUCAGUAUCACUAGAGCUCAGGUGCAGAAUGAAUUGGAGGCUCAGCGCAUAGCCACAGAGUUCACCCUCCGUAAACGCACGCAUCAUCUGGAACAGGCCCUCCAGGAGCUCCAAUGGCAGCUAAAAACUACUCAGAAUGAGAUAACUGACCUAGAGGGAGAUAUCCGUGGACUGGAGAGGGACAUGCAGGCUAAGAUGGCUCCGCUGAAGCUGGUCCACACCCGUUUGGAGAACAGGACCAAGAGGCCUGGUGUAGACUUGUGCAGAGAUGAGGUGCAGUAUGGGUUGGUGGAGGAGGCCAGACAGCUGGAUUCUACCAUUCUGGCUCUGAAACAGAAACUGGCUCAGGCUCAGGACUCCUUGCAGUCUCUCCAACAUCAUGAAGCACAGAUGCUGGAGGAUCUGUCUUGUAAGCAGGAGGCCCUGGCUCUGGAACAGCGCAGCAUGCAGACCCGUCGCCGCUUGACCCCCACUGCUCAAAGUGAUGCCUCGUCCAUGCCUGUGGUGCCCCUCGCCAACUCCAGAGGCAGGCUACAACUAGCCUAAGCUAAUCUCAGAGUGUUAGCCAUCCUGAACUGACUUAUCACAGCUUCACUCAAAAAUACACUUUGUAACUCCUACUUUCCUCCUAAAUCCUUUAGAAAGCCUUUGUUUGUCCUAGUCUUCCCAUUAUAAACAUCAAAAAAAUACUCCAAACAAGAAAAGUUACCCCAAAAAAUGAUUUUAUGAGUGUUGAGUGCAUUUUGUUGUCUUGUUUCAUGUUAGUUGUACAGUACUGUGGAAAAGUCUAAGCAUGUUGUUUACAACCUUUUAUAUGGGCAAUAGAAGUGUUUCUGCCUGUAAAAACACCAUGUAACAUUAGAAUAAAUUCAAAUAAACAUCAAAGCAGUAAAAAUAUAACAAGAAUUUCUUGUUGUCAAAAAAGUAGUUGAGGGCUAGUUAGGAGAAUGCAGGUUUGGUUCUGGAUGCCUGCAGUCACUGCAGAAAUUUGUUCAAAGCCAUCACUAGCACUACUGAUUUAACUUAAUGAAGUAUUACAUAGUCAUAGCCAAGUAUUCGAUGAUGACUAAUAAUACUGUGCUCUCUUGUUCCACUGGCAGAUCAUUAUACUUUUUUUGUUUUUCAAAUAUUCUUUCUGAAAAAAGUAAAAUAAUCUACCAAUGUCACUGGAUAAAAGUAUUGAAACAAGUAAAAAUGAUCUUUUUAUUAUUACACCAAUAUAAUCAUGAGAAAUAUUAGAUACAUUGACUAGAUGUCUGAUGUAUUCACAUGCUUACAUAUGAUGCCUGCAUAUUUUGCAGUGUGCAUACGUAACACAUUUUUCUGAGUAAAUAAGUGUUUACUGCCUAGGGCCCAGUUUCCCAGAAGCUUAUUAGUGUUUAAGAUUUAAGAAUCAUCAUUGUGCUAAGAUGCUUUUAGAAAAUUUAGCCCAAAUAAACAGCUUUUUAGACAGAAUUGUCUCAGGUGCCUAACACUUUUGCACAGUACUGUAUGUCACAAUGAAUUAUUCACUACACUCUUAAAAAAGAUGGUUCUUCAGGGGUUCUAAAUAGAACCAUGAACACUA